GUGUGUGUUUUUGCAGAGGGAACAGGGCCAUUACUACGGUUACGUGUAUUUCCGUCAGGUGCGAGACAAAUCUCUGAAGAGAGGAUAUUUCCAGAAGUCUCUGGUCCUGAUCAGUAAGCUGCCCUAUGUGACCUUCUUCCACUCUCUGCUGAAGAUCAUGGCUCCAGAGUACUUUGAGAAACAGGAGCCGUGUUUGGAGGCCGCUUGUAAUGACAUAGACCGGUGGCCGACGCCCCAUCCUGGAAGAAUCCUCACUCUGCCUAUUAUGGGCGUGGUUAUAAAGGUCCGCAUUCCUACCUGCUACGACAAACCAGGAACUUCACAACUAGUCCAGUCUGCCCAGAGUGACAGUCUGGUGUCCAUCGUGCUCCCAACCAUCCAUGAAGUCGACCUCUUCAGGUGUUUUUACCCGGUCUUCUUCCACAUCCAGAUGCUGUGGGAGUUGGUGUUGCUGGGGGAGGCGCUCGUCGUCAUGGCGCCAUCGCCAGCGGAGUCAUCAGACACUGUGCUGGCGCUGGUCAGCUGCAUCUCUCCUCUGCGUUACUGCAGCGACUUCCGGCCGUACUUCACCAUCCACGACAGCGAGUUUAAGGAGUACACCACCAGGACGCAGGCACCGCCUUCAGUCAUUCUGGGAGUGACCAAUCCAUUCUUUGCUAAAACGCUGCAGCACUGGCCGCACAUCAUCCGCAUUGGAGACAUGAAGCAAGCAGGAGAGAUGGCCAAGCAGAUGAAAGUCAAGAAACUGAAAAACCUCAAAACUCUGGACUCUAAACCUGGUGUGUACACUGCAUACAAGCCAUAUCUCAACAAAGAUGAGGAAAUAAUUAAACAGCUUCAGAAGGGUGUUCAACAGAAGAGACCCUCUGCGGCCCAAAAUGCAAUUCUUCGACGCUACUUCCUAGAACUGACACAGAGCUUCAUCAUUCCUCUGGAGCGGUACGUUGCCAGUCUGAUGCCUCUCCAGAAGUCCAUCAGUCCCUGGAAGAGUCCUCCUCAGCUGAGACCGUUCAUCCAGCAGGACUUCAUGAAGACGCUGGAGAAGGCCGGACCUCAGCUCACAUCCAGACUGAAGGGAGACUGGAUAGGACUCUACAGGAAUUUCCUCAAGUCUCCCAACUUUGACGGCUGGUUCCGCAACAGGAGGAGAGAGAUGACCCAGAAACUGGAGGCUCUGCACCUGGAGGCUUUGUGUGAGGAGGAUCUGCAGCAGAGGAUCCAGCAGCACACGGAGGUCGAGUCAGUUGAUCUGGUUCUGAAGUUAAAAGAUAAACUGACUCAGGCGGAGAAGGAGCAGCUCCCCGUGCGUCCAGGGACCCUGGCCAAACUGAAAGCCCACAUCGAGGCCGUCAUCCUGGCCUUACCGGAGGACUUACAGGGAAUCCUCCACAAACCCUCCACACCCUGAACUGGAACCUGAUCAGUCCCUGAAACCCUGAAACCCCAGAUGGAGCUUGUUUAAAAGUUUUGGGGGGCGGGGAGGGGUCCUGAGUGGAUGAACCCCCCCCCCCCCCCUCCCCGUUUACUCAGACUGGGUCCCAUGAUGAGUUUAAGGGUCGUAAUCCGGUCUAACAUGGAAAGCACA